AUGGAGGAGGACAAGAGCAGAUCUAUGACAAUUGACACGACUCAAAGGCCCUCUACACCUUCACUGCUUACUCCUGCCGAGUCCAGGACACCUCCGACCAUCACAUCCAAGCGAUAUAUCGACAAUGAGGCUAGUUUGAGUUCAAGGAGGCAUUCGGAGCAGGUAGAAGAGGAUGCGCUAACGAAACGAUUACGCGAGAUUGAAAACGCUGGCAGACAGCGUGAGAGAACGCCUGGCCAAAGUCCACAACGUAAAAAGCAGCGAAUAUAUGGCGACAGAUUCAUUCCUAAUCGAGACGGUCAAGAUCUACAAGCAAGUUACAGUCUUUUGCACGAAGACGGCUCUCCUGCUACGCCAUCCAGGUCGAGGCGGAAAGUAGCGCACGAGGAGCUGCAUUAUCAGAAGACGGAAGAAGCAAAUCGGACAUAUUCGAGAGUACUGCGUAAUGAAAUUAUGGGAGACACUGUACCGCACGACAUACGUUCCCGUACGCCUGAAGACUUUUAUAUGAGGCAGCAUACACCACCAGGUCAACCUGCAUCUUCAAACCUUCCUCCAGCUUCACUUACGCCGAAUACUCCUCAUACCAAGAAUAUGUUUCAUUACAGGUCGCCUCAGAAACAAAUAGGUUCGGGUCAUCCGACACCAAGCUCGUCUACAGGUAGGCUUGCAGGCAUAAUGAACCUCAAUGCGAGAUCUGAUCUUUACUCAAUAUCACCUAUCAACUAUGCAUCACAAUCGAUACUACAAACACCUCGAAAACAACCCCGUCCUAUUUCGAAAGUUCCAUUCAAAGUACUGGACGCUCCAGAACUCCAGGACGAUUUUUACCUCAACCUGGUCGACUGGGGGUCAGCAAAUAUUUUAGGAGUCGGCCUCGGGUCUUCUGUUUAUAUGUGGAACAGUCAGACAGGAAAGGUCACUCAAUUAUGCAAACUCAGCGAUGGUGAUAAGGUCACCUCGGUUCAGUGGAUCCAGCGUGGCUCACACAUCGCUGUCGGUACACACAAAGGCUUCGUUCAAAUAUACGAUGCCGAGCGCUCGCGAAGAUUGCGAACGAUGAUGGGACACACGGCAAGAGUUGGUGCUCUAGCGUGGAAUGACCAUAUCCUAACAUCCGGAUCGAGAGACCGGCUAAUAUAUCAUCGCGAUGUACGCAGCCCUGACCAAUAUCUGCGACGUCUUGCUGGUCACAAGCAGGAAAUCUGUGGUCUUAAGUGGAACACGGAGGAUGGUCAACUGGCAAGUGGUGGUAAUGACAACAAGCUUUGCGUAUGGGACAAAUUAUCCGAAACGCCACUUUACAGGUUCAGCUCGCACGUUGCGGCAGUAAAAGCAAUAACCUGGUCGCCACAUCAACGACAUCUACUAGCUUCAGGCGGUGGUACCGCAGAUCGCACGAUCAAGUUUUGGAAUACCAGUACCGGAAGCAUGAUAAAGGAAGUCGACACAGGCAGCCAGGUCUGCAACCUAGCGUGGAGCAAGAACAGUGACGAAAUCGUCUCGACGCAUGGUUACAGCCAGAAUCAAAUCGUCGUGUGGAAAUACCCAAAGAUGGAGCAGGUCGUGUCUCUCACUGGCCAUACUUAUCGGGUACUCUAUCUUAGUAUGAAUCCUGAAGGCACAACUAUCGUUACUGGGGCAGGAGACGAGACACUGCGGUUCUGGAAAGUCUUUGGCAAAAAGAGCGCAGGAGAGUCAGGCAUCGUGAGUGAUGGGACAAAAAGAGGCAGCAGAAUUACGUCUAGUAGACUAAACGACUGGGGGUCGAUAAGGUGA